AAGAGUUCAGAAGUGGGCGGGUGUAUGUGUUUAAAAAAAAAAAAAAAUGGGUGGGAACCCCAUCAGCCAAGUCUGCAGAAAAAACUAAGUGAAGCCUGCCCAUCUCCGGCCUGAGCCCCUCCCCGCGGCCCGAGCCGAGGAGUCUGACACAGGUGCCGCUUCCUCCGGCUGCUGAGGGUCAGGAGCGGCCGACCGCGACCCUUGCCACGGUCCGCCGGGCCGUGCCCCGCGCGGGUCAGCGAUGAGCACGCCGCUGCCGCUGAUCACGACCCAGCAAGAGCCCAACCCUGGGAUGGCCUCGAGUGAGAUGGACAUCGCUGUCAUUGCAGGCGUGGUCGCGGCCGUGGCCUUCGUGCUGGUCUGCUUGCUGCUGCUCAUGCUGCAUUACCUGUACCGGCACAAGGGCACCUACCACACCAACGAGGCCAAGGGCACGGAGUUCGCCGAGAGCGCGGACGUGGCCCUGCAGGACGACCCGGCCCUCCGGGACAACGGCGGCAGCAGCAGAAAGGAGUACUUCAUCUGAAGGACGUUACCAGGACUCAGCGCCCCCCACGCCUCCCCGUCCAGGAAAGAGCCCCACCACCCGCCCCAUCACCUGCAGCGCCGGGCAGCCCUCGAGCGCCCCCCACAGCCCAAGACACGCACCUCACCUGGGACUCGGUGCCACCCGGGGUGGGGGUGGGGAUCGAAGGAGGAAUCCAGCUGGAGAGGCUUUUCCCAGGAGCCAGGGACGCUCAGCCAGAGGGAGGAGGUCCGAGCCCUCCAGGGCUGUACAGGUUACCACCUGCGUGGGGGUGGAAGUCCUCUUUGGGUGUGAGUGGGGUGGUGGCCUGGGGGAGCAAGGAGUGAGUUGUCAUCAUGCUGACUGGGGACAGUGGUAUCAAACGUCAGCCCUUGACAUUUGGGGGGAACAGCAGGUGCCAGAGCUCUUAGGCACCUUUGUCUCCCAUAGAUGCAGCUCUGGAUGAUUGGAAAUAAAUUUGAAAUGUAAGGGA